UUACAGACAAGACUUUAGGCUGAUAAAAUAACGCAAACCAUAAUAAUACGGAAGAAAGAUGUGUAGUUUCUAUUUCAUAAUGGCGGUAUUUGUUCUUUAUUUUGAAGGGACAACUGAAAAAAGAUGUAGCGAAACGAGUUGUUGUGCUGGCUACAUGUUUGAUUCGUCCAAAAAUUGCGUUGUUUGUCCAAAUGGACUCCAUGGAUUUCACUGUUCCGCCCCUUGUCCUCGAGGUUACUAUGGAAAGCUAUGCGAACUUCAGUGUGAAUGCCCGGAUGAGUUUUGUAAUGCAACAGUUGGCUGUGUACUUAAAAAGGAAUGUCUGCCUGGUUACUCUGGUGAAAACUGUUCUACAAAUUGUCCACGGGGUUACUAUGGAAAUCAUUGCAUAAACAGAUGCGAAUGUCCUGAUGAACUUUGUAAUGCAACGACUGGAUGUGUCAGUGAAAAAGUUUGCCCUCCAGGCUAUAUGAGAGUCAACUGUUCUACCGCUUGUCCACGCGGAUUUUAUGGAAACGAAUGUGGAGAACAUUGCAAUUGCUCUGAAGAAUUCUGCAAUGCAACAUUUGGCUGCAUUGAGGGUGAUGGACUGUAUUGUCAUAUCUAUUUUGAUUUUAUUACACUUCCCACCAUCAUUCUUACCACUGUCGGCCUCGUCAUUUUAUUUGUUCCAUUCGGCACAAUCAUUGCAUAUAAGAUGAAAAAGAAUACCGAACAUAAAAUUACGCAAACGAAGUUCAUACCAUCAUCAUCUGAGGAUGAAAGAACUUACCUUGAACUGCGUGUGCCGGGCAUUUCUUCACCAUCUCUCUGA